UAUGACACUGGAGAUAAGCAUUUCCACUUAUGUGAACAAUUGUGUGUGUGGGUGUGUGCCAGGAAUCUGUAAUCACAGUUUGAACAGUGCAGUCUGGUGAAUGAUUUCAAAUUGGUCAACUUCAGCCUUUCCCUCAUUUGUUUUUCCCUGUAAGCCAGAGUCACUUCUUCAGCACCAUACAGCAUUGCUCUUAAAAGCAUUUGGAGAUAUUUUCCCUUCACUGAACAGGGUUAAAGUCCUUCCUCUGCAGCACUGUGGAAGUGAUUGGGUGACAAGCAACAGCUGCUUAACAUCUGACCGCAGCUGCACAGGACUCGCAAUCAGCUUACUGGAGAAGGUUCUUCCAUACACAAGUGCUGAGCAAUGGUUGGCCGUGUGGCGGUAAUUGGAGCAGGCAGUUCAGGUCUGGUCUGCAUCAAGACCUGCAUCGAUGAGGGCUUGGAGCCUGUCUGCUUUGAAAGAAGUGAUGAUAUUGGUGGCCUGUGGAAAUUCAAGGAAUCCCCUGAACCAGAACGAGCCAGCAUUUACCGCUCCUUAGUGGUCAAUACCUCCAAAGAGUUUAUGUGUUUCAGUGAUUUUCCCAUGCCAGCUCACUAUCCAAACUUCAUGCAUAACUCUCAGCUGCUGCAGUACUUCAGACUCUAUGCUGAGCAUUUUGACUUGCUCAAGCACAUUAGCUUUCAGACCACAGUGAAGAGCGUCACACAAAGGCCAGAUUUCUCUGUGUCUGGUCAGUGGGAUGUAGUAACCAUAAACAGGAAUGAAGAGGAAGAAAAACACAUCUUUGAUGCAGUUCUGGUGUGUUCAGGUCACUACACACAUCCAGCCUUACCCCUGUCUGAAUUCAAAGGACAUGAGACUUUCUCUGGCCGGUGUUUUCACAGCUGGGAAUAUAAAGACGCAGAUGACUACAGAGGAAAGAGGGUGGUGGUGGUUGGCCUUGGCAAUUCUGGAGGAGAUAUUGCUGUAGAAAUUAGUAGAUCUGCAGAGAAGACAUUUCUCAGCACCCGUCAGGGUUCCUGGGUGAUGGGCAGGAUGUCCAGCAAUGGCCUCCCUUUGGACAUGACAUUUAUCACCAGGUUCAACACCAUCCUCCUGCAGCUUCUUCCCAAGACUUUGUUGAACUGGGCAGCAGAGAGAACACUGAACCAGCGAUAUGACCACAGUCUGUACGGCCUGAAACCCAGUCACAGAAUUAUGGACAAAAAGCCUUUGAUCAAUGAUGAUCUUCCUGGCCGAAUCCUUCAGGGAGCAUUAGCUAUGAAGCCCAAUCUAAUAGGGUUCAAGGGAUCAGGAGUUGUAUUUGAAGAUGGCACAGUGGAGGAGAACAUCGAUGCUGUGGUCUUUUGUACAGGUUAUAACGGGACAUUCCCAUUCCUCCCCUCAGCUCUGUCUGAAGGACCUCAUGGAGAGUUGACACUGUACAAAAGAGCAUUUCCUCCAUCCCUGCAACACCCCACACUGGCCAUAAUGGGUCUUCUCCAAGCAAAAGGGCCAAUCAUGCCUUUGGUGGAAAUGCAGGCACGUUGGGCUGUUAAGGUCUUUUCAGGUUUGAGCUGUCUUCCAUCUGAGGAGAAAAUGCUGGAAGUCAUUGAGUCUGACAGACGGAUAAACAUGCAAAGCUAUCCCAGCCCACAAGUGGCUGUUCUACAGGUAGAUUACAUCCCAUACCUGGAUUUCAUGGCUGGGGAGAUAGGUGUUGGACCAAACCUCCUGAGGCUCCUUCUGAGGGAUCCUGUUCUCUGGAUGAAGGUCUUGUUUGGUCCCUGCACUCCUUAUCAGUUCCGUCUCACUGGGCCUGGACGGUGGGCUGGAGCCCGACAGGCCAUCCUCACUCAGUGGGAACGAGUUGUUCAGCCUUUCAGAACCAGACAGGUACCAGAACCAGAGACCAGGAGGUCGGCCCUGUGUUCUCCUUGGCUGCUCACAUUUGGAGGAACUCUAAUAGUGGCUGUGGUCUUGUCUAAAAAUGACACCAUCCCAAUGCUGCAAGGUGCAGCUCAGAUUCUGGAGAGCAGCAAGACUUUCCUUGGGGACUUUUGGUUUACUGGGUGACCAAAAAUCAUGAUGCAAGAUGUAUGAAUGGACAGUUAUCAAACAACUUUAUUAGUGACAAAUAUUUACUAUGCAUUGAUACACAGCCCACAGCCCUGAUCUUUUGUGAUGACGUGCAGAGACAGUCACAGUCUUUCAUUUCUGAUGUAGCGUACAAAUGCUCUAGUGUAGUAAAAAAAUAAAGUAGUUUAGAAAACAUGUUCUGUAUAUAUGUCUGAGCACAUGCACAGAAUAAUUACAGGUUCAUUUGCAGGACUGAUUGUUUUUGUAGCUCUAUGACAGUAUAUAUCAGUUUUGAUGAUUAGUCAUUUAUUAAGUAAGAAGUCAAUCUCUUUGGGAACAAAAGCUUGUGCAAUGCGACACCUGGCUUCACAAUACAUCUCGGGUAUUUGC